CCCAGUCUGAGGAAGUGGUUCCCGGGCAUGGAGUGUACUCCUCUUUGAGAAACCCUGAAAUAGAACUCGAGGCAGCAGCAUGAUGGCAAACCGUGAGGAUGAAAUUAGGCUCCGUAGAUAUCUUGAAGCCGCUAACACUGAAGAGGAAUAUGAUGGGGAGAAUGACAUACAUAGACGAGGCUCCAGAGAGCGAACCCUUAUCCAUCGUUAUCUCCAGGAGAGAGGAUUCAGAAGCGGUGAUAGGGGAAGAAACAUGAAUUUUUUUGGACAAAGACUUUCAGAAAAUCAGCCUCCACUUCAUCUGAUGAGAUAUGACAACCGUGAAGUUCAAUCAAGGUGGACUAGAAUCCAAUCAGAAGAGAGACAUCCACAAAUAGAAAGAAAUCAAGUUUCCUUUGGGAGAUUUCAUGGCCACUCUCUAUCUCGUGCCCACCACAUUAGCAGAUCUCAUGGCUAUCCCUCCAGAAGAUCUUAUAGCCACUUCAGGAGCACUCCUGUCAACUCAGAUAGACCACAUCAUGACCGCUCAGUUAGACCCCAUCGUGAACACUCAGAAGGACGCCGUCAUGACCACUCAGGUAGACACUAUCAUGACCACUCAGGUAGACACUAUCAUGACCACUCAGGUAGACCUCAUCAUGACCACUCAGGUAGACACUAUCGUGACCACUCAGGUAGACCCCAUCAUGACCACUCAGAUAGACCUCAUCAUGACCAUUCUGGUAGGUUUCAUCUUGGCCACACAGGGAGAGCUCAUCCUAGCCACUCAGGUAUAGCUCAUCAACACCAUGCAGAGAGAGCUCAACUUAGCCGUACAGGACUAGCUCACCGUGACCACAGAGGGAGAGCUCAUCUUAACUACACAAGGCCGGCUCCUUACAACCGUGCCGGGAGAGCUUAUGGUAGACACGUGGAGCUAGCUCAUCGUGGCCACAGAGUGGGAGCUUAUCCUAACCACACAGGGCUAGCUCAUCACAACCAUGCUGGGAGGGUUAAUCAUGACCACUCAGGGAGAGCUCAUAACAACCGUACAUGGAGAUCUCGCAGUCAUGAAGAGAGAUACCGUGGUCAAAGAGGAAGAUUUGAAAGAAGCGAAACAUCAUCAGACUCUGACUCUGAAAUGGACAGAUUUUCUACAAUAAUAGAUAUGACUGAAUACUUACGGGAUCAGGAACAGCAGAGAAAUGAGCUAAUUAAUCUCAAUAGAGAGAUGGUAGAAGAAGGCUAUAGGAGCUCUGCUGAAAGUGAGGAAAGCUCUGACAGUUUAUGGAGAUACGAAGUUGGUGCUGAAUUCCUGAAUGGCAGAUACACCUCAAUUAGGACUAUUCCACGUCAUCCAAAAGGAGUAAGACUGAACUUUAAUGUCGGAGCAUGGACUAAUCAGACUAAUCUGUCACUCCACACUAGAUUCACCAUAGUGAGGAAUUUGAGACGUGCCAGAAUGAACAAUAUGAACCUUGGACUCAGAAGAGAUGACGACUGAACUGUCAUUUCCUAUCAAGGAUUUCUGCUAAUAGCACUGAACCAGACUUAGGAGCAUAAAUAUAUUCUUAGAAUCUUGGACUUAGGAGUGUUCUUAUUAAAGCACUUUCUUAGGUAGGUUUUGAUGUCAGGAUUGGGUUGAUAUUAAACAGUUGGAAGAAAAAUUGUUUAGCACUGCUUGCAUAAAAGAACAAGGAGAUGAGCAAGAAGAAAGCUGGCUUAAGUGGGGUUAUUUUAGGAAAACAGCUAUUUUUAGAAAUACAUGGUUUUUUCACGUUAGAGAAAAGUGUGAUUUACUGUAGUCCUUAAGCUGUGAAACCUAUAUAACUGGUAAGAAAGCUCUAUCCACAAAAGCCAGUUCCUGUGAGUGACUUUAGCUAUGUUAUUAUUAAAAUAGUAGACUUUUAUACGUUUACAUUUUGUAGAACCAUACUGUAGCAUAAAAGGAAACUUACUCUUUUGUCAGAAUUCUAAGUUUAUCAUCUUUGUAAACACAUGAAAAACAAUAAAAGUGUGUGACCAUUA